AAACAAACAAACAAAGAAACAACAAAAUAAAAUGUCAACAUUUACAUUGAAAUGUGCUUUUAAACUACUGUUCUUAAAAAAACUCCAGUGCUUAAAUGUAAUAUGUAUGUUGCACCUUAUAUAUAGGCUAUAUGUCAUCAUAUUCAUAAUUAUUUUGCUAAAUUUUGAAAUAUAUGUUACAUGUACACAUAUGACAUAUUUGAUUCCUCCGCAUACCACUAAGAGAGUCCAUGUACCACUAGUGGUACCACAGUUUGAACCACUGAUCUACAGUAUCAAAAUCAAAACAUUAAGAUAAAUAAUUAGAUGUGGUCAAAACUAAAGAGAGAAGUAAAAGAAAAACAUCCAAGAUUUCCGGGGUCAUAAAACAGAUUUAUCAUAGUUGAUAAUAGUAUCAUGAGUUUCAACUACACUAUUAUGUUCAUUUCUUAUCUUGAUUUAUAUCAUUUUCAAUUGGUUUAUAUGUAUUGCAUUAUCCUUGAAGCUUGAUUAAAAGUGACACCUAGCAUGUUAAGGAUGAGCUGGAGUGAAUUAACAGCUCUCUCUUCCACCCUAUUGUGUGUGUGCACGUGCGUAACCACUGGCUACUUGAGAGUACUCACUUCACCUCACGUACUGUAACUGUUAACUGUAAACUUUAUUGUCCCCUUCUGGAGUAAUUUGUUGUGUAGCUUAAUAGAUUUACACAAUUCACAACACACACAUAAAAAAACAACUCACAGCAUCAGAAGUACAAACAGCGGCAACUUCUUCCCCUUAAAAUUCAGCAAAUCAUUGCAACAAAUUCAAAAAAUUUUUUUCAAUGGGACCCAUACCGAGAUCCUGAAAUAAGGCUUUGAAAUGAAUUAAAAAGAGGGUGCACACUGAAACCUGAGACAAAUAUUCAAAUUAAAGAUUGGGUUUAACCUGAAGACCGAACUCUUGUUACAGCAGUUCAUUCAGUCAUCUGAGUGCACUGCUAAAGAAAACACAUAAGCAGCAUUAUUGUUUUUUCAGAAUCUUGCCUGUUUUGAAAUGUCAAAAAAGCUAUAAACUGAAUUUCCUCAUUGCUCAUCCAAAGUAAACAAGACUUUCCUUUCCAAAGAAUUUCCUUAUAACACUCAUUUGUUAUCAACAGAUAAUGAUUUAUAAAGUCUGCGACUGUUAUAUAUACCAUGCGCUCACAUGUCUAGAAACAAUUCCAGAAUUACCCCUCCAUCCACACAUUCAACAUGUUGGUGCACAAGCUGAGCCUGAUCAUUUUGAUGCUGUUGCUGUGUCACCUUGGUGUAGACGCUAAAAGAACAGUCACUUGUGAAGGAGGAUCUGCACACCUCAGCUGUGACUUUGGAUUCGUAAGAGUCAUUAAAGCCAACUAUGGACGGACGGAUCGUACAACAUGCAUUAGUGGGAGACCGGCAAAUCAGAUAAACAAUGUACACUGCUUCAGAAAAUCAUCCCUCAGUACAGUGUCAGCUCGGUGUAACGGAAUUAAAAGCUGUUCAGUUCCUGCAGUGAACUCGGUUUUCUCUGAUCCUUGUUUGGGAACUUAUAAAUUCCUGGAUAUUACUUAUGACUGCAUCCCAUCAAAAAGAAGUGUAACCUGUGAAAAUACCCAAAGUGUAAUAGUUUGUGGUUCUGGUGUUAUUUUGGUUCAUUAUGCCAACUAUGGACGCCGUGAUCUCUCCACCUGCCCUCAUAAAUUGGCAAAGACACCACACUGCUACUCUCCUCAGACCAGCAGCCUGCGCUCCAGAUGCAAUGGGAGGAAGACUUGUUCUCUGAGCGCUUCAAAUUCUCUUUACUCUGAUCCAUGUCCAGGUGUCAACAAGUAUCUGGAAGUGACAUACAGCUGUGUAUAACUUUGCAAUUAUCAUGUCACACAAAAGUAGUUAACAUGUUUUGUGUAUACUUUAAUAUGAAUUGUUCCAAAUAGAUUUUUAUAGUUGAUACUCUUGGUUUAAGAAAUUGAUUAAAUGUGUAUCUAGUCAUGCUGUUCUCUGUGUUUUGUGUAGUUCUGUAAUAAACAACUUUUAUUUUCAA